ACUCGUUCAACACUUCCGGCUCUUGUUACUAAAACAUAUUUAUCAGGUUUUAGGGUCUAGAUCUAGUAGAUCUAAUAUUUAUUGAUAGAUUAACACGAAAGAUACUGAUUGUCUAGUCUACAUCUAGGAGUAAGUCAGUGUGUUAGUCGUCUAAGUGUAACACUGUGACUGCAGUGUAGUCUCAAACACUCAGACAACUCAGUCACUGACUCAACGCCUCACUGACACUCACACUGUGACUGUGAAUGUGAAUAGAAUAGUAAUAGUCUCAUAGUGUGAACUGUCUGAGUCUGUGUCUCCCAGACCAAAUGUCUGUCACUCAGUCUCAGUCAUACCACAGUAACUACUAAACUAGAUCUAGAUCUAGUCAUAAGUGACAUAAGCCUCAUAAGCCAUGAUUAUAAUAGAAUUUAUUAGAUCUAGUCAUAAGGCAUGAUAAGGAUUGUGACGAUUGUUUAAUUGUUUAGACUAGUUUAGAGUUUAGAUUCUAUUUCUAGUCAUACAUAAAUACAUUCAACAUUGCAUUGUUACUCAUUGUAGUGAGUAGUGUGGCACUAACUGAGUCACUGUCAGUAACUCCGUUUAUAAUUUAAGUGUCACUGAAUCUGUCCUGUGACACUUGUUGAACCUCGACCUACUAUUGGCACUAUUGCAAAGAUUUGAUUUUGAAAAAUUAUCAACAACCUGCAAAGAUUUGAGAGAUUACUAACCUGAGGACAGUGAGGUUGUAGAUCUGAAAAUGUCUGGAGCCUCUGCUAACCAGGCCUUAGCAUCUUGCCCCGUCUCCUCACCAUCCGACUCCAAGUAUGUCAAGCUGAAUGUUGGGGGUACACUGCACUUAACCACCAUUGAUACACUCUGUAAACAAGACACAAUGUUGAGGGCCAUGUUUAGCGGAAGAAUGGAUGUCCUGCAUGAUGUUGAAGGAUGGGUCCUAAUUGACAGGUGUGGUAAACAUUUUGGAUCUAUCCUGUCAUUCCUAAGAGAUGGUUCGAUCACAUUGCCGGAUUCUAGAAGAGAACUUGAUGAAUUGUUACAAGAAGCUAAAUAUUACUGUGUUCAAGAUUUGGUGAGACAGAUAGACACAGCCAUGAACAUCCAUGAACCAGAGCCUAUCUGUCAAGUCCCACUGAUCACAUCACAAAAGGAAGAACAGAUGCUGGUAUCCAAGACAUCCAAGCCUGUAGUGAAAUUAAUCUGUAAUCGUCACAAUAACAAGUAUUCCUAUACAAGCAUGUCUGAUGAUAAUCUGUUAAAAAACAUGGAGCUGUUUGACAAGCUAUGUCUUCGGUUCAAUGGGCGUGUCCUGUUCAUCAAAGAUGUUAUUGGCAGUAAUGAGAUCUGCUGCUGGUCAUUCUAUGGGCAUGGGCAGAAGAUUGGAGAAGUCUGCUGUACAUCCAUUGUUUAUGGUACAGACAAGAAACACACAAAGGUUGAGUUUCCAGAAGCCAGAAUCUUUGAAGAAACAUUAAACGUUUUGCUGUAUGAACACAGAGGGAAAGGACCAGAUGCUGAACUCAUGCAAGCUACUAGAGGAUACAGGGAUCAUGGCACUGGAUACCAUAGCGAUGAUGAGGAGGACAAGCUAGAUAGGGCCUUGCGCAGAAAGUAAAUUUGAAAUCUUAAGUCAUUGGUCAAAUUAUGAGUCAAAAGAUUUUUUUCUUUUUUUUUCUGGAAUGACUAAACAUAUUUUUUUUUUUGCUUUGAUUAUAUUUGGACUGUUGAGGCUAAUAAGUGUAUUAAAUCUCUGAGAUAAUUAUUUAUACUAAAACAAAAUAGAUUUUAUGUUAGAAAUAGAAAGGUUUGCAAUACACUGAAGAGGCAUAUGGCCAAGUGGUAGGUGAUAGGCUGUUAAACUGAGAGUCUUCAGACCCUAUUCUUUGUAACACUUACCUUACUUAUGGCUGUAUGCCAUGAAGUGGUCACUUGUUAAACUGAUGACAAUAAAGGGUUACAACUUUAGUGGCAAAGAAUAUUGUGAGUCUCUAAACUUGUUACUAUCUUCACAAGACUGUGUCAUCUAUAAAUAAAUGUCCAGUGGUCUACAUCAUAUCAGCAUUCUUGACUUGUAGCUGUGCGGUGAUUGUCCUUACUGGUCUUGUUCAUCUAAGUAUAUUGCCUCAGUUUAAACAUAGCACUUAUAAAAGCUGCAUGUCUCUAAAUACAAAACAUAUUUUGGUCAUCCAAAAUAAUUCAAUUUUUAGUUAUAAUCGUGAGAAAAAUCAACAGUCUGCAUAAGCUUGUAAAAACUUAUUUAAUGUUUCAAUCUGUGCAAUCUCAUGAGCAGAUAUCAUGCUGUGAUGUAUUUACUCAUUGGAUGCUUGUAGCAUAUCUGUUGUGCAUGCUGUGAGUUGGUGUAAUUGUGAUCCUUGUAAAUGCACUUAAUUAAAAAGAGGGCAUGUUGAAAGAACGGUUAUGUUUGUGUUUUCAAUGAGCUAUGUUCACAGGCCAGUCUGAACAUUAUUGUAUCUGUUCUGUAAACAUUUAAGGUAAACAAUAUGUAUUGACCUAAAUAUUUGUACUUUCUUGAAUGUUUGAAAACAAUUUAAUGUUUCCUAUUUUUAUGAUAAAUAUACUUAUAUUUUUAUUGAGACAUGAAUUUCAGUGUAGCUACUAUUACAGAAUCUUUCUUUUGUUUUUGAAAUCACAGAAUUACUAAUUAGUACUUGAAGCAAAGUGUUUUUAUGUUUGUAACUUGGGUCCUUCUAAUUUGAAUGAAAAUUAUUAAGCAUUUAUUUCUUUUGGAUUAGCAAAUAACUAGGAACACACUCACUCUACUUGCAAUAUAUGUUGAAGUGUGCGUUGUGUUGUAAUGAAUGAAUAUAAAGUUGUGCAAUAUGACUGUCUAUGUAGAUGUAUGCUAAAAGAAAUUGCAAAGCUUUUCAAUUAACUGGCUGACAUCCUUAACACAUUCUGGGCAUACAUCUUCAAAACACAUUAUGUCAUUGGAAUUCCUCACAUUCAUGUUUUGACUGUACCUGUAUGUUAUUGAAUGUAGAUUGAUCUUGUCACUCAGUUAUGAAAUCCCAUUUGCUCAUAUAUUUAAUUACUUUGUUUUUCUUUUGAAAGUUAUCCAUUUAGAAAUCAGUUCUGAAAGUUAGUUUAAUUUUGAGAUAAGUAAUGAAACAUUGUUUUUCAAUGUAUUGCUUGUAAUAUUUCCUAAUUGUCCUUAAUAUAAACUAUCUUUGUGCAAAUGUAUCUCUGUUAACAAAGGUAAUACAAAUUAUUCAUUGAUCUGUAGUAUCACAGAUGAAAACCUUUUGUAAUAGUAAUCAAUGAAUUUUUUAUUAUUUUUUUUAUAUAUGAUUCAAAUUAAUUUUAUUUUAUUCCUUAACAUUUUUAGUUAUUAAUAAAUUAUUGUUGUUUUCAUGUGAUUAUAAUGUCAUAAUUUAUAAAUGAUGAUUAGUGUAUAAAUAAAAAAAAAUUAAUCUUCUAAAUGUUACUUGUAUUGUCAUUGUUACAAAGCUUAUAUUAACUCAUGCUGAAUGGCAGAGUCUGUUUCACUUCUUUUUCCCCACUUUUUAUUCUUGGAUUAAAUUGAAACUUUGCACAAUUAUCCAAUGUGAUUGACAAUACAUGAAUCAAUAUAAAAUUAACUAUUUGGGGGUAAUUAAUUUUGUUUUAGAUAUUUAAAAAAAUGUAAGUAAAUAUUGCACUUUUGAAAGAUGUGGCAGUAAAUGUCCAGUUUUUCCAUGACCUUUUUUUAAGUUUUUUUUUGUUUAUAUUUUUGAGUUAAUUUCCUAAAAAAAAAAAUGCCUUGCUUCAAAAUUAAGUGACAAAUUCAUAAUUAAGAAAUUCUUCAAAGUAAGGAUGACUAGUUUAGAUCAUGUCUUUUGAAUGUCCAUAAAAAAAUAGAGAUUGAUGAGACUUAUCUGGAAAACAAAAUAGCCAUUAGAUCAGUAAACCGUAGAAAAAGCCUAUACAUAACCAGACUAGGUAUUCCAUUAUUGGCUUCUUUAUGAUCUAAGGCAGUGACAAAGUUUCAUUUCACCUCACAAUUUUGUUGUUAAACAUUUUUAUUUAAAUGAAAGAUGCAAAUGUUAAUAUUAAUGUUAAGGCUUUGGUGUAGAGUUCUUAGCUAAGAACUAAAAAUAAUCUAUGAGUUAGUUUUAUGUUUUCAAACUAUUAAAUUCAAUUACAUGCAUAAGGAAAUGUUAUAGUUAUUUCAUUGACCCCCACAAGGAACUGCAAUGUAAUGGUAACUUUUGAAAUAACAUUUAAAUGAUACAGAAAGAGCCUGAGCACUAUCUACUUCCCUCUUAUACUACUCUUUUCUAUCAGAGAGAUUUAAGUGUUCAGUUCUACAUUUUUAUUACAAUGCUUAACUCACUCAGUCAGGUAAAAACUUUUUUAACAUAUUUUUUUCUCCCAUUUCGCAUCAAGGUAAAACUUUGCACAAUUAUUCAUUGAACAUGACAAGACAUGAAUCAAUAAAAUAAAAAUUAACCAAUUAGUUAA